CUGAGACAAAGCAUGAAACCAGUUAGUUCCUGUUGAGUGGUCAGAGAGAAGAGCUGCACACACACACAGACAGACACACAGACAGACGACUGACUUCAGAUCAGAAGAUGAGUGGUUUGGAGGAAGAGGAGGAUGGAGCAGAGUCUGUAGUAUCUGGCUGUCUGUCUAUGAAGAGUGAUUGUUCCAAAGGAGAACCUCUACUCUUCAGUAAUGAACCUGGACCCUCAGACACAAAAGUUCAAGACAACAGACAGAGAGCAGAGUCUGUAGUAUCUGUCUGUCUGUCUAUGAAGAGUGACUGGUCCAAUAAUCUUCCUCCAGUCUUCAGUAAUGAACCUGGACCCUCAGACACAAAAGAGAGGAAGAGGAGUGAUUUUUCUGAGGAGGAGCAGCCGUCCAGAUCCAGAACCAGAGCUGGACUGCAGACAGCCAAUCAGAGCAGCUCUGACCAAAUGAAUGUUGGUCAUCAGAAACAUAAGAUCAGGCUGAAGGGGACAUUUGAACGUGUGACUGAAGGAGCUGAAACAGGAAGUAGAACCCUCCUCAACAGGAUCUACACUCUCCUCUACCUCAUAGAGGGACAGAGUGAAGAGGUUAAUACCCAACAUGAGGUGAGGCAGCUCGAGACAGCUUCCAAGAAGAAGACCCUCCAUAACUCUCCAAUCAAGUGCUGUGACAUCUUUAAAGCCUCACCUGGCCAACAGAAACACAUCAGAGUGGUUCUGACGAGCGGCGUCGCUGGCGUUGGAAAAACCUUCUCAGUGCAGAAGUUCUGUCUGGACUGGGCCGAGGGUUUGGAGAACCAAGAUAUCAGUCUGGUGAUUCCUCUUUCCUUCAGGGAGCUGAACUUGAUCAAAGAUGAGCAGUACAGUCUUCUGGAGCUGCUCCGUGUUUUCCAUCCAACAUUACAGGAGGUCCCAGCAGAGCAGCUCGCUGGCUCUAAACUUCUCUUCAUCUUUGAUGGCCUGGAUGAAAGCAGACUUUACCUGGAUUUCAACAACAAUGAGGCUGUUUCUGAUGUCACACAGAAGUCAUCAGUCAACGUGCUGUUGACAAACCUCAUCCAGGGGAAGCUGCUUCCCUCGGCUCUCGUCUGGAUAACUUCCCGACCUGCAGCAGCCAAUCAGAUCCCUCCUGCGUGUGUUGACAGGGUAACAGAAGUACGAGGCUUUGCUGAUGCCCAGAAGGAGGAGUACUUCAGGAAGAGAGUCAGUGAUGAAGAGCUGUCCAGCAGAAUCAUCUCCCACAUCAAGACCUCCAGGAGCCUCCACAUCAUGUGUCUGAUCCCAGUCUUCUGCUGGAUCACUGCUACAGUUCUGGACCACAUGUUGACUACAGACCAGAGAGGAGAGCUGCCCAACACCCUGACUGACAUGUACUCACACUUCCUGCUGGUUCAGACAAAGAGGAAGAAGCUCAAGUAUGCUGAGGGACAUGAGACGAGUCCACAGGAGCUGACGGAGGCUGAUGGGGAAGUUCUUCUGAAGCUGGGGAGGCUGGCGUUUGAAGAGCUGGAGAAAGGAAACAUCAUGUUCUACCAAGAAGACCUGGAGCGCUGUGGUCUGGAUGUCACACAGGCCUCGCUGUACUCAGGAGUUUGUUCACAGAUCUUCAAAAGAGAGAGUGUGAUCUUCCAGAAAACAGUCUACUGCUUCGUUCAUCUGAGUGUUCAGGAGUUUCUGGCUGCAGUCUACCUGUUCCACUGUUACACCAACAGGAACACACAGGUACUGGAGGACUUCCUGGGAGAAGACUACGUUGUCUUCCUGAUGAAAGUCAUGAAGAAAUCCCUUGAAAGUAAAAAUGGCCACCUGGACCUGUUUGUCCGCUUCCUUCAUGGCCUCUCUCUGGAGUCCAACCAGAGACUCUUAGGAGGCCUGCUGGGUCAGACAGACAACAGUCCAGAAACCAUCCAGAGAGCCAUCAACAACCUGAAGAAGAUGAACAGUGAUGAGAUCUCUCCUGACAGAAGCAUCAACAUCUUCCACUGUCUGACGGAGAUGAAGGACCACUCAGUCCAUCAGGAGAUCCAAGAGUUCCUGAAGUCAGAGAACAGAUCAGAGACGGAACUCUCUGAGAUCCACUGCUCAGCUCUGGCCUACAUGCUGCAGAUGUCAGAGGAGGUUCUGGAUGAGUUGGACCUGGAGAAGUACAACACAUCAAUGGAUGGACGACGGAGACUGAUUCCAGCUGUGAGGAACUGCAGAAAGGCUCGGAUUAUUAACGGUGCAUUCUCUGAGACUGACUGUGAAGUCGUGGCCUCAGCUCUGAAGUCCAACCCCUCCCAUCUGAGAGAGCUGGACCUGAGUUACAACGACUUGAAGGAUUCAGCAGUGAAGUGUCUGUGUGCUGGACUGCAGAGUCCAAACUGUAGACUGGAGACUCUGAGACUGAGUGUCUGUAACCUGUCAGAAAGAAGAUGUGAAGCUCCAUCCUCUGUUCUCAGCUCCCAGUUCUCUUGUCUGAGAGAGCUGGACCUCAGUAACAACAACCUGCAGGAUUCAGGAGGGAAGCAGCAGGGAGGGGGGGGGAUUCAUUUCCCCGAGGGGCCACAUGAGAAACAGGGACUGUUGUGGAGGGCCACGGACCAAUAG